GCCCGCCCGCCGCGCCCGGCCCCCAGCCCCGCUCACCUGGACACUCGGGCCACCCACCGAGAGACGGACAGGAAGUCCAAGAAGCACACAGACGGACGAACCCCCCUCCCCCCUCCCGCGUCUCCCCUGGGAGCGGGAGCAGAGCUUCGGCCGCGACUCGGCCAGGGCUGAGGGUCACCGCGCCCCCUCCCUCUCUCCCUCCCUUCAUCCCUCGCUGUAUCCAUCCCUUCCUCGCUCGCUGCAUCCCUCUCUGCAUCCCUCCUCCGUUUCCUUGGUCCCUUCGUGCCUUCCUGUUUCUCUCCCGCCGCGGGAGCCGCCGCCGGAGCCGGAGCCUGGAUGCGGACCCCGGCCCCGGGGCGGCUGCGCCUCCUUCGCCCGCCCAGUGGCCCCUGCGGGCCCCACGUGCCCGGCGCCGGGCCCCCGCAGCGGCCGGCCGGACGGACCUUCUGCCCCAGCCGCUCCGCCGCCGCCCCGGCCCUAAGAUGAAGAGGGCGUUUGCCGGAGGAAGCAAACUGCUGAUCUGGGUCCUCUGCUUGAACAUCCAGUCCCGAGCAGAUCCGUGCCCUGGGGCCUGCGUGUGCUACAGCGAGCCCAAAAUCACCACCAGCUGCCAGCAGCAGGGACUGACAGCCAUCCCCGCCGCCAUCCCCGCCCAGAGCCAGCGCGUCUUCCUUCACAACAACCGCAUCAGCCAGGUCGGGGCCGCCAGCUUCCGCUCCUGCCGCAACAUGACCAUCCUCUGGAUCCACUCCAAUGCCAUCAGCGUGAUCGAGGCCACCGCCUUCGCCGGCCUGGACAAGCUGGAGGAGCUGGACGUCAGCGACAACGUGAAGCUGCGCGCCAUCGCCCCGGCCACCUUCAGGGGCCUCCGGCGCCUGCACACGCUGCACCUGGACCGCUGCGGCCUUCUGGAGCUGUCCCCCGGCCUCUUCAGGGGCCUCUUCUCACUGCAGUACCUCUACCUGCAGGACAACAACCUCCAGGCGCUCCAGGACGACACCUUCGUGGACCUCGCCAACCUCACCUACCUGUUCCUGCACGGCAACGGGAUCCGGGAGCUGUCGGAGAACGUCUUCAGGGGUUUGGUCAGCCUGGACCGCCUCCUCCUGCACCAGAACCAGGUGGCCCGAGUGCACCCCAGGGCCUUCCACGACUUGGGGAAAGUCAUGACCUUGUACCUGUUUAACAAUAACCUGACCGUGCUCGCGGGGGAGACGAUGGGCCCGCUGGCGUCCCUGCAGUACCUACGCCUGAACGGGAACCCGUGGAUCUGUGACUGCCGCGCCAAGUCCCUGUGGGGCUGGUUCAAGCAAUUCAAGGGGUCCUCUUCGGACCUCGAGUGCCGUCUGCCGCUGCGCCUGGCUGGGAAAGACCUGAAGCGGCUCCACAGCGCAGACCUGGAGGGCUGCGUGGACCCUGUCAACCAGGUGCGGUCGGGGACGAAGAUCAGGCACGGCAAAGGACCCACCGUGGAACCCCUGCCCGCGGGGCCCCAGGACGUCCCUCUGAAGUGCUGCCAGCCGGAAGUGGACAAGUCUUUCAUGUAUGAAGCCACUGGUCACGGGGGACCCCCAUACGGCGGACUUCCCGCUGGCAAUGGCCGGAAGGACAAGGAAAAUAUGUCCAAACCCAAGAUGGCAGAGUCGGACCCUGCCAAAAAUGCUACCCAGAAGCACAUUAAUGACUCGCCCUUUGGGACUUUCCCCAGCAACGUGGAGAUCCCCCUGACCAACUUCCAGCCUGACCUACUGGAGCCUGGGGAGUCUUCUGUGGCUCCCCCUCGCCGGAGGCCCGGCUGCUCGCGAAAGAACCGGACCAAGGCCCAGUGCCGCCUGGGCCCCACAGGCAGCAGCAGCAGCGGCGGCAGCGGCAGCGGCGGCGGCGGUGGCCCCAGCAGCGGUAGCAGUGGCCUCCUUGCACCUGCUAAGCCCCGCCUGGCCCUUGGCUUGGUUCUCCCAGUGGUCGUGCUCUGGACUUUUCCAUGGUCCUGGUAAUGGUUCCUAGGGAAGGAUAGCACCUGCCACUGUGGCUGGGCAAAGCCAGAGGCUGGGGCCACAGCGGAACUGGAUGCCUUUAUAGAGAAACCAGGUGUAUAUAAAGUGCAUCUUCCCAGCCCCUAAAAGGGGAAUUAAAAGGGAGGGUGAUGCCUGCUUUCCACAGAGGAGUCAUUCUUGAGUGAGGUCAGGCACACAUGAGACUUCUGAGUCAUUUCCCCUGAGCUUCCCUGGCCCCUGACUCCCAGGCCCUUGAGGAAAAAGUUCUCCCCUACAGAAUGUUUAAACACACACACACACACACACACACACACACACACACACACACAUUAUAAUUUUUAAAACAACAAAAAAAGACUCACUCCAGUUGUUCCUAAGUUGGAAUCCUCCCUAAGGAUAUUGCAAGUUCCCAUUUGCCAAGGCGGUGUGUUUGCCGCUCUCCGGAAGCCUGUCUCUGAAUAUUACUGUCCGCCAUCCCCAUCUUGAUCAUGCCAUGUUUACAGGGGGCAUCGGUUCCAGAAUGCUGCUUCCUACUCAGACUGCAGUCUAUAUAAAAAUAUACAUUUUAUUUUCCUUGUGUCAAAGUAUAAAAAAUAUAAAAUAAAGAUUUCCUUUU